AUGGCCCAACACCCUCUCCAGAGACUCGCCUCUCCAGCGAGGCAGCUCUCCAUGGCGCUACAUGUCGCAGGCAUCGCGUCCUUUAUAGCCUCCUUCCGAUUCCUCGAUACUUGGGACACGCCAAUGUCAGCUGCCUACGGUGGUCAUUACCAGUUCCUCACCAUCAUCGGGCUCGCUCUGGCGUUGUGCACCUUCGUUGUCGGUCUGCUGGCAGACCUCACCCUGUCUCCACAGCUCUUCGGAGUCAAGAACAUACUCUCCGUCUGUUCAGCACCACUGGAGUUGCUGAUCACCAUCCUCUACUGGGGACUUUGCGCCAUUGAUAAAAACCUGGUGUUUCCGCCCGAGUUCCAGCUCGACUUCUUGCCGGAUUUCGGCUUCCACGCGGCGCCGGGUUUAUUCCUGACGUUAGACCUACUCCUUCUCAGCCCGCCGUGGACAAUACAUGGCUACUCGGCCAUGGCACUGAGUCAAGCUUUGGCCUUCUUGUACUGGUUUUGGGUCGAGUAUUGUUUUUCUCAAAACGGAUGGUACCCGUAUCCUAUAUUCGAUAUCUUGAGCACCUGGCAACGCGCCCUGCUGUUCACGGUCUCUGCGUUGCUGAUGACUGGUAGCACGAUGAUGCUGAAGUGGCUCUACGGCAAGGUCAACGGCAUAGAGGGCUUCAAGAAGGAGGCAGUGACUAACCCCGUCGGUGUUCGGGCCAGAGACGCUUGA